AUGCCGUUUGAGUGGGGAGUCGAACAAGAUAAAGCUCGUCAGUAUAUUAUUGACCGUUUAACAAACGAACCCAUCCUUGCAAUAUACGACCCUCAGUUACCUACGGAGGUGCACACAGAUGCAAGUGCUAUCGGUUACGGUGCAGUCUUAAUACAGAUUCAUGAGGGUGAGCUUAGGCGUGCAGUAGCGUAUUUCAGUAAAUCAACCCAAGGCGCGGAACCCAAAUAUCAUUCCUAUGAAUUGGAAACUCUAGCCGUUGUUAAAGCUCUCCAGAAUUUUAGAAAGUACUUGUUAGGCGUACCCUUUAAAAUUGUUACGGACUGCAACGCUCUAAAGCUAACCGAGCGUAAGAAGGACUUGCUUCCCCGUGUAGCUAGGUGGUGGUUAUCCAUGCAAGACUUCCAGUAUACUUUCGCAUACAGGAAAGGGUCUUUAAUGUCCCAUGCCGAUUACCUAAGUAGGAACCCUGUGGAGGUAUGCCAUAUUCAAAACCCCAAAAAUUGGGCCAAGUUAGCUCAAUCUGCAGAUGAGGAGACACUUAAUCUCAUUGAUAAAUUCAAUAACGGUCAACUAGACUCUUCCCGAUACGUGUUACGAAAUGGACUAUUAUAUGUCAAAUAUUUUCCCAUUGGCGAAGAAUCACGCCUAUUGUGCUAUAUUCCUAAAGGAUUUAGACUGAGUCUGCUUCAUGUGUUUCAUGAUGACCAAGACCACAUUGGGUACGAUAAAGCGAUAGAACUUAUUUUACAUCAUUUCUGGUUUCCUGGAUUACGCCCUUUUGUUAGGAAAUAUCUCAAGCAUUGUAUUGUGUGUCUAUCACACAAACGAGUGCCGCGUGCCUCUCACCAACCCAUCGAAUCUUGGACUAAGCCAGACUUACCAUUUUCGGUAGUACACAUGGACACACUUGGUCCAUCGCCUGAAUCUCAAGGUUAUAAACACGUAUUGAUUAUUAUUGAUGCAUUUACGAAAUAUUGCCUUCUAUACUCCCUCCGUCGUCAAGACACUGACGAAUUGAAAAGAGCCUUUACUAACGCGGUUUCGAUGUUUGGGUCCCCGAGACUUUUGGUUGCGGAUCGAGGACGGAUGUUUGAGAGUGCCGCUUUUCAAGAUAUGGUCAGUUCGUUUGGCAGCGACAUUCAUUUCAUUACGCCAAACAUGCACCACGAAAAUGGACAGGCCGAGCGUUAUUGCCGAACUUUACUAAACCUUCUUCGUAUCGAAGUUAACCAUAGAGGUCAAAGUUGGUCUGAUGUAUUGUGGAAGACUCAACUUAUUUUAAAUAGUACAAAACACAGUACGACCAAUAUGUCUCCCCUUCAGUUACUUAUCGGAAGCGACACUUCCACCCCAGUUAUACGUGCUCUUGUCCGAGAUGUCGCAAUAGAUAUUGCUACCCCAAACCGUGAAGCGCUUAUUGCGCUACGAAGACACCGUGUGUCGUCACUACUGUCUACUAACCAGCAAAAACAAGACGAUCGUAUAAAUAAAGGCCGUAGAUCACUUUACGAGUUUGAGGUUAACGACAAGCAUCGGUAUAAAUUGGAGCUGUUGGCUGGCUCAUACGGAAAGCGUACAGAAGCUGCAGCUGAAAACAUGGUGCCGUGGGCAGGAGAGUGGACUCCCGAGACCUGUGCUGCGUUUUUUGACUCGGAGUCGGAUGACUCUUUACAUGACAAUUCGGAGGAGGCUGAGGCGAGGUCAGUACUCGAAAACAUAAAGGUUGCGGACGAGGACGACCGCCUGUCAGGAGAGGCUGUGUUAUAA